AUGCGUGACGCCGGUCCUGACUGUCCAAGUUACACUUUGCCGGUUGCUGAGACGUCUGUUGUGAAUACCUACAAAAGUCUGACGUAUGUUGCAUGUCACCCUACUGAGGCUAUUGUUGCCACGGGCAAUGCGAUGGGUGAAAUUAUGAUUUGGUGGAAUCUGACCACUUCACCGUCCUCUCUGUACGAAGGCAUGCAUCUUGAAGGUCAGGAGGACGAUGAUGGUGAUGAUGGUGGUAUUUGCAGUUAUGGAGAAUCGGAAUCUGACGUAGGGCAUUUUCAUACCAUCAACAAGAAGUCCUGUUCUGGAUGGCGCUUGCUGCAUCCGAGGCACGUUAAGCGCUCUGGCAUGCAUUGGCACAACUUUGCUGUUACGGCUCUUGCCUUCACUUGUGAAGGAAAACACCUCUACAGUGGAGGUGUUGAGGGUGUUCUGGUGAAGUGGGACUUGACGGAUUGUUUUGGUGGCAUCAAGAACCGUCGAUUCCUUUCGAUGUUGAAUUCACCAAUCCAGGAAAUCAGCUCGUUGGGCGGCGAUUCGGGCGAUUGUGCGGUGGUUUUAUUAGAGAGAAAUUGCUUUCUAGUAGUGAACGGAGCUAUGCAAAUCAUUUACAAGCACUUUGGGAUUGACCAAACCCCUUGGCGCUGGCGGGCCUUCAGAGUGCAGCAGUCGGACCCACCCACAGCACUUGUUCUUCCAAGUCCCAAGAUUGUUGUUGAUUCUGGCCAAAACGACGGCGACAACAUGUCAGUCUCUCUUCUCCUCUCUGGCACGAUGGGAUGUCUGCAAGUGGUCGAGGCCGCCACCGCCAAAGUCCUCACUUCGAUGGAUGUGAACCAACGGCACUACGUGGUAUGUGACAGGGUGCCAGCACCGUUGGUUUCCGAAGUGCUUUUAGCUGAGGCAUGGCACAGCGGUGAGUGGGUUGCCACCUAUUCAGAGCUUCAGCUUCCCCGACUCCCCUUUCCGCGUCCCCACCUCGGCGGCCACAGCUUGGACAAUCAGGCCCAACUUGUCUGGUGGAAACGCAUGCGUUACGGUAGCCAAGAUGGCCCAUCCCUUGAUUUCAGAUAUGAGGCCAUUUACGGUGAACCAAUGGCUCAUCUAAACUGCCAAGCAACCGAUCUAAAGUUUACUCGACACCCUGAUGAACCACAGAGUUUCCAAACUCUGCUUAUUUUGCGUGACCAGCGAGUCCUUGUAUGGCAACAUAAUCUUGCGUCAGGCAAUGACCAAAGCGUUUAUAGAGUUUUCAUUGUGGGCUGCCGGCAAACCUGGCACCUUGUAAGGAUGUUAGAAGUGCAGACGUCUCAAAGACCUUGGAAGUUGACAUCUUGCGUUGCCUUGAACCCUGGUUUGCUAAUCAAUUUUGAGGUUAAGGAGUCUCCUCCUCCACCACCCUCCAAGCUCUGUAUCUUUAACAAAGAAGGGGUGUCUACGGGGAAGUUGAUGAGAAGUCGGGAAGAGGCACUUACGGCUUCGAAGGAGAAGCUUCGAAGCAUUGUGGUUUGUGCCACUGGUACAACCCUGACUUCCUUUAUGUGGAUUCGCUGGCGAUUAGGCUCCAUCGUGAUGGAGGAUAUGCUACCACUAUGUACAUAUCACUUUCCCUCUUGGUCCGACUGGAAGAUGAACACCUUUUCAGCCGAUGGGGUUGAGGUUUGCCAAUUAGCAAUACUGGACCCCGCUAAGUGUCUCUGUGUCGCCCUCCUCCGUCCAGCCUCCACCGAGAAGUCCAGUCGUAGCGACGCUAACGGUGCUCUCUGCCUUCUCUUUGUGGAUCGACGAGGCCGCCUGAUUCCUCAUUUCGGUGUCUUUGACCUCGCUCCCACUGGGGCCUUCGCCGUUAACCAAACGCCCGCUUUCGUUGCUGUUGGGACGAUGAAUGGGUCCUGUGUCGUGUACGAUGCUAAUCUUCAAGUGGUGGCUACUCUGCCCCAACUUCCUCUACUUCCCUUCUGUGACCGUCAGCGCCGCAAUACUAAAGAUGGUAAGCGAGGGCAGCUGGCUUCCACAUUGCCCGUGGCUCUAGUCUUCCUGCCGUCGAAGACAGAGACAAUACCACCUCUGGCUGCCGUCAUAGCCACGAUUCAGGGUCGCGAUGAAGGGCGUAGGGACUUGGCUGUGUAUAAUUUGGUGUCACCUCCUGUCUCGGUGGAAAUAUCUACGAGGUCACGGGCAGAGACGACAGGUCUCCUCUCUCGGGUGGAGCGCGUUGAAGAUGCCGAAAUGAUGGAGGGCGGAGAGGCGGUCGUGGGAGCCACAUCUCGCUUGGUCACGGACUUAGAGAUGGUGCGUACUCUGCGUCGAGUCGCUCAAUAUCCCGUGGAAGCUGCACCACCACCCGAGCAGCUGCUGGCCCAGCUUUUCAAGAAACCUGAGCUAUAA